GCAUGCGCCGUGGGCGCCCCUCCCUCUCCACCUCCAUCCCCCAUCGGCGUCUGGGCCUCGUCCCCUUCUCUCUGUCUCCCUCUCUUCCCCCGUCACGUCCCCUGAACCCCGUUAGUUCUGCGGACUCCCCAGUCUCGGCUUUGCUCUCCACCGCUGUCUGCCUCCAGGAUUUGCCUGAAAGGCCGCCCCCAGCUCUACACUCGCCCCCCGGGGGCCACUCAAGACCAUGACUAAGACAGAUCCUGCCCCUAUGGCCCCGCCACCCCGGGGGGAAGAGGAAGAAGAAGAGGAGGAGGAGGAGACCGUCCCGGAGGCCCCCAGCCCCACCCAGGAGCGCCGGCAGAAGCCUAUGGUGCACCCCUCUGCGCCUGCCCCGCUCCCCAAGGACUACGCCUUCACCUUCUUCGACCCAAAUGACCCGGCGUGCCAGGAGAUUCUGUUUGACCCCCAGACCACCAUCCCCGAGCUGUUCGCCAUUGUGCGCCAGUGGGUGCCCCAAGUCCAGCACAAGAUUGACAUCAUUGGCAAUGAGAUUCUGCGUCGAGGAUGCCAUGUGAAUGAUCGUGAUGGGCUGACCGACAUGACAUUGCUCCAUUAUGCAUGCAAGGCUGGGGCUCACGGAGUUGGGGACCCCGCGGCGGCUGUGCGCCUGUCACAGCAGCUGCUGGCGCUGGGGGCCGACGUGACCCUGCGCAGCCGCUGGACCAACAUGAACGCGCUGCACUACGCGGCCUACUUCGACGUCCCGGAUCUCGUGCGCGUGCUGCUCAAGGGUGCCCGGCCACGUGUGGUGAACUCCACGUGCAGUGACUUCAACCACGGCUCAGCUCUGCACAUCGCUGCCUCCAACCUGUGCCUGGGUGCCGCCAAGUGUUUGCUGGAGCACGGUGCCAACCCCGCGCUUCGGAACCGAAAGGGACAGGUGCCAGCAGAGGUGGUCCCGGACCCUAUGGACAUGUCCCUGGACAAGGCCGAAGCGGCGCUGGUGGCCAAGGAGCUGCGGACACUGCUGGAGGAGGCUGUGCCGCUGUCUUGCUCCCUCCCCAAGGUUACGCUGCCCAACUAUGACAACGUCCCAGGCAACCUCAUGCUCAGCGCGCUGGGCUUGCGCCUGGGAGACCGUGUGCUGCUCGAUGGCCAGAAGACGGGCACACUGCGGUUCUGCGGGACCACGGAGUUCGCCAGCGGCCAGUGGGUGGGCGUGGAGCUGGAUGAACCUGAGGGGAAGAACGAUGGCAGUGUGGGGGGUGUCCGGUACUUCAUCUGCCCCCCCAAGCAGGGUCUGUUUGCCUCUGUGUCCAAGAUCUCCAAGGCAGUGGAUGCACCGCCCUCAUCCGUCACCUCCACGCCCCGGACUCCCCGGAUGGAUUUCUCCCGCGUCACUGGCAAAGGCCGUAGGGAGCACAAAGGCAGGAAGAAGUCCCCGUCUUCACCGUCCCUGGGCAGCCUGCAGCAGCGAGAGGGUGCCAAGGCAGAAGUCGGAGACCAAGUCCUGGUCGCAGGACAGAAGCAGGGGAUUGUGCGCUUCUACGGGAAGACAGACUUUGCCCCAGGUUACUGGUAUGGCAUCGAGCUGGACCAGCCCACGGGCAAGCAUGACGGCUCGGUGUUUGGCGUGAGGUACUUCACCUGCCCCCCAAGGCACGGCGUCUUUGCGCCAGCAUCCCGCAUCCAGAGGAUUGGUGGAUCCGCUGACCCUCCGGGGGACAGCGUCGGAACAAAAAAAGUGCAUCAAGUGACAAUGACGCAGCCCAAACGUACCUUCACGACAGUCCGUACCCCAAAGGACAUCACGUCAGAGAACUCCAUCUCCAGGUUGCUCUUCUGUUGCUGGUUUCCGUGGAUGCUGAGGGCGGAGAUGCAGUCGUAGAGGCCCUGCAUACUUGGCUGAGAGACACAGAGCCCCCUCUAGCGUCUCCUGAGACAAGGAGCCCCUCUACCCUGAGAUAGAGAUCCCCAGUAACAUCCAGAAUAGAGACCCCCAUUAGCCGACCCUCAAUCACUGAGGCCCCAUUAUUAACAGAUUCCCUCAUGAUAACGCCCCAGAUACAGACCCCCGUGUCACCCAGAAAGAGAUUCCCUGAGUAUAGCACCUUCAGGCUAGUCCCCAGCCCCAGCCCCUCACAGCAGACCCCCAGUGAACAGACUUCACACUACCGCAAAUGGCAGUGACCCUCUCCAUAUAAGACAGCAGAGCUUUCCUUAGCCACUCGCCACUGGAUCAGAAACGCUCCCAUGGACAGACUCCACAAGUCCCCUUGAAAUAAACACAUCACACUUCCAGAGUAAUGACCUUUGAGUCACUAUUCUCCAUGUAACUGUAACAUACACACCCUUGAGAUGUUGUGACCCCAUGUUCACCCUGAAGCCUUCACAGUCCAACCCCCAAUUAGAGACCCAUUAACAAACCCGUUCUUAACCCUCGAGAUCCACAUUAAACAGCCCACUGUCACCCCCAAUUUACAGACACCAAAACAGUCCUGGAAAUGCGAAUUACAGGACCCUCAAGUCUUCCUAUCCUCUGCCCCCUCAAGAAACCCCCAGUGCCUUGUAUGAAGCCCACCCCACGUGGCCCACAGCCCCCUGUGCUGGCCAGGCUCCCAGAAAAUUCUCUAUUUUUAAAGUAAUGAUUUUCCCCCUUUGGGGGGCCCCAAAAUUUAGAGGCCCCAUUCUGGGCCUCUGGGGAUCCGAAACCCCAGAACAUACAUGUCCCAAACUCCCCUGUGCUCCCAUGUCCUACAGCCCCAAGAAGACCCCAAGGCCCUAACUCCCAGGUAUCCCAAAUCACUGAAUCUCCAAAUCCCCAGGGAAUCCCAAAUUUAAAAAUCCAAUCCUAAGCCCCGAAAGGAAACCCUAAUCAUAGAGGUCCUUAUACUUAGGAGGGAGGAGACGCAGUCCGGGAUAUGUCUUCCAGCCUCCCAGGGCACCUCAGCUCCUCUUCAUGGGCCCCAGGAAACCCCGAACAGAACUCCCAUUCCCGGAAAGGAGGAUUCCAGUGCGGAGUCCAUGGACCUCAAGACACUCAAAUCCCAAGAGCCCCAGCCCCAAGGGAAGCCCAAAUCCUAAGUUCUCCAUGUCCCGUACAUGGAGGGCUCCAAGGCCCUGAGCGGAUCCCAAUUCCGGAGCCCCUGUUUCAAUCUACCUUCUGGUCACAGGUGCAAGACACCAAAUCUGAGUCCCCACAGGACCACACUGCACCUGGGCCAGACCAACAGCAUGAGGGAGAACCUGAAGGCCCAGGGGGUCCGGGGUGGACCUGGGGCCUUGACCACCGAGGACAGCUCACGACUGCCCCUUCACUGCAUGCCCCCAAACUCAGCAUGAUCUCUGCCCCCUUCAAUAAAGACGUUUCUAUGGC